AUGACGGCCCGGCGAUCAUCACUUUUCAAUCUGGAUAUCGCCUCGCUGCUCGAGUCGCGAGACGCUCGCGACUCUGCGUCUCCCCGGACCCGGAAGAGCACGUCUUCGCAGGGCUCCACCUCACACGUUGUAGCCGUAACGAAUGCCGCCUUGCAGCAGCACCAGCAACAGCAGCAGCAGCACCAACAACAACAACAACAACCGGGGGCGCCGCCUUCAGCAGCUUCCACCUACCUUCCGUCAGCCUCGUACGCAACCCCCCGCUCCACCACGACAGUUCCAUCUCCGUCACCGCCGAGAGCACCGGCACCGCAAUGGACUCCGGUCCAGCAGCUGCCCUCGUUCCGGCAGCGCGGUUCUCUCCCCGAUGAGUUCCAGCAGCAACAAUCCCCUCCGGGCCCUGGGUACAUCCAUCAGAGCGGCUUCCGGCCCAUCUACUCGGGAAGCGUAGCAUCGGCGCCAUCUCACAGCAGCACGCCCGGACCGUAUUUCCAUUCUGUGCCCUCAUCUCAACACGCCCCCCUGCACCCCGCAGCGUCUAGUCCUGUUUCAUCUAACAAGCGCACAGCGUCGUCAGCGCUAGGGUCGGGCACGGGCGAUGCCGUGGGGGGCGGCGGCAGCGCAGCCAAGAAGGAGAAGAAGCUAAAGGGCAAGUGGACCGACGAGGAGGAGAGGCUGCUGAUCAAGCUGCGCAGCAGCGGGAUGAAAUGGGUCGACAUCUCGCAGCAGAACCCGGGCCGCAGCGCGACGGCGUGCCGGCUGCGCUAUCAGAACUACACGGAGAAGAAGGAGUGGGCCGAGGACGAAAAGGACAUGCUCGCCCGCCUCUACCAUCGGUUCAUGGAAGACAUGUGGAAGCGCAUCGCCGACGAGAUGUGCCGGCCGUGGCGAUCCUGCGAACGCAUGCACUGGCAGCUGGGCGAGGAAGAGAUGCUCCGCCGCGCCAACGUGCAGUAUCGCGGCGGCGGGCCCACGCCUCCCGGCGGCCACCACGACCUCGACCUCGAUCUCGAGAACGACAACGACGACUCUCCGCCCUCGACCGGCCGCCUCACCGACAACGACCAUGCGACCACCUCGCCCUCGUAUUCCCACACCACAGCCAUACAAUCCCCCCACCAGCGCGCCCACCACCACCACCACGGCCCACACCAACACCAACCACAACACUCCCCCUACGCCCAUCAUCUCCCCCUCUCGCGCGACCCCUCCCGCGAGCCCUCCCAGCAGCAACAGUGGCCACCACCACCACCUCUCCUCUCCUCCACAAUCCCAUCAUCAUCCUCCUCCCUCCCCACGCGCCCAACGAGCGCGACCAGCACCAUCGCCAGCGUCGGCCAGCCCAUGUCGCCGCAGAUGCCGUUACCGCCAGGCAUGCGCCACCACACUCCGGCCGCCGCUGCGCAACAGCCGCCAACGCUCACCCUCCACCAACCCCUCCCCACCACGGGCGGCUACUACCACGCCCCUCUGCUCGGCAUGCAGCAGCCGCCGACCCCCGGCGGUGGGGGCAUGCGUCCCGUGACGCCGCUGAGCCUGGCCGCCGCUGCUGCUGCUGGAGGAGGAGGUGGUGGUGGCGGCGGCGAAAACAACAACGGCGGUGGUGCGCAUCAGCGUCACCAGCUGCAGCCCAACGCCAACGCCAACCCAUCCGGUACAACCCCUCGGACCGUGCCGACGGUCGUGCAUGGCACAGGCGCAGGUGCGGGGCCAGGGCGGUUGGCGAGCCCGUUCGCUGGAGGAGGCGGUGGUGGCAGUGGCAGCGGUGAGAGACCCACGACGGCGGGAACGGAUGCGGAAAGGGACUCGGCGACGGGGGAGGCUGCUGGAAAGAGGCACCGACACCACUAUCAUCACUAUCCUCAUCAGUCGGCGGGGUUUGUGGCGGACAUGGACAGCGCUGUUCAGGUGAAGAAGGAGGCGAGGGUGGGCGAUGACUGA